UCAAUGGUGUUUUAUCAUUAAUGUGUUAUUAUUAUUAAUGUUUAGUGUUUUCUGAGUCAUUCGUAACUGUCACUGUAUGUCAUGUUGUUACUUGUGGGCAGAGCACCAAGGCAAAUUCCUUGUAUAUGGAUACUUGACCAAUAAACUUAUUUACUUACUUACUUAACCGUUUGCUGAUAAAAGAAUACUUCCUUAUUUUACUUCCGUUUCCAGAUGCUAAUCUACCCCUCUACACAUUUGUGUUCUCCACACAGUGACGGCCGCUGAGGAUGAGGACACUGGCUCCCUGAGUGUUUGUCAGUCGAUACUCGACCAGCGGACAGAACCCAGACCGGGAGAUCGGGUAACUGACGGGAUAUCUGGGAUCGGACAAUGAUCGGGAGAUCGUUCUUCCUCCUCUCCCUUCUCCAAGCCGUGGUGUCGGGAGAGUGGAGUGCGGACAAUCCCGGAGCUGUGACAGCGCAGAAUGGUUUGUGUGCACGGAUUCCGUGUCACUACAGAUUUCCGUCGAAACUGAACAAUAAACAACCGACUGGAAUCUGGUUUAUCAGUGAGUCGCGCAACAAAGAUCCUGUAGCCUUCCACUCCGGGGAACACAGUCUAGAAUCAACAAAGUUUCAGCAUUGGACCCGGCUGUCAGGAAUCCUGAUAGACAAGGACUGUUCCCUGGUUAUAGACAACGUCAUGCAGCAAGAUGCAGGUCGUUAUGCUUUCAGAGUUGAUUUCGAUGGGGGAGAUCGUUACAACUUCCUCCCUGUAACACAGCUUAGUGUUACUGGUAAGUGCACUGUAUAUUUGUUUCUCUGUGUGUUAGAUUUCAUGGAUAAACCCACGAUAUUCCCUGCUGAAUUGGUGGCAGGAAAGCCUGUGGACAUGACCUGCUCCUUCAGCACCACGUGUGAUGGAACGGCACCCACCUUAACCUGGGUCACCCCCGCUGAUGAACCACCGUCAGCCUCACACAGCGUAACUCAGCAGGGUGACACUCUGACAUAUACUUCUGUUCUGUCCCUGACCCCAGCGCUCAAACAUCACGGGCAAAACCUCACCUGCAGAGUCACAUACCCAACUGUGUCAUCGGAGCAGACCCUCACACUGACUGUGGAAUGUAAGUACGGAGAUCGUUUAUUGUGCAGGAACAUCAAUAAUCUAUUAGCAGUGCUGGUAUAUAAGGUCAUAGACGAUAGGUGCAGAAUUAGGCCAUUCAGCCCAUCAACUCUACUCUGCCAUUCAAUCAUGGCUGAUCAAUCUCUCUCUCCUAACCCCUUUCUUCUGCCUUCUCCCCAUAUCCUCUGACACCUGUACUAAUCAAAUCAACACCAAAAGCUGGAGAAACUCAGCAGGACAGGCUGCAUCUAUGGAGACAAGGAAUGGGCAACGUUUCGGGUCGAGAGCUUUCUUCAGACUGAAAGUUACAGGAAAUGGAAACGAGAGAUAUAGACGAUCUUGUAGAGAGGUGUAGGACCUACCUGAUCUCCUGGUUGCUAAACACAUUAAUUCUCCUUCCCAUUCCCACACUGAACUUUCUGUCCUCGGACACCACCAUUGACAGAGUGAGGUUAAAUGCAAAUUGGAGGAUCAGCAUCUCAUAUUUUGCUUGGGCAGUUAACAGCCCAGUGGUAUGUACAUUGAUUUCUCUAACUUCAGGUAGCCCCGGCAUUCCCUCUCUCUCCAUCCCUCCCCCACCCAAGUCUCAUCAGCUCAUCUUGGUGAGACCACACCUGGAGUAUUGCGUACAGUUUUGGUCUCCAAAUCUGAGGCAGGACAUUAUUGCCAUAGAGGGAGUGCAGAGACGGUUCACCAGACUGAUUCCUGGGAUGUCAGGACUGUCUUAUGAAGAAAGACUGGAUAGACUUGGUUUAUACUCUCUAGAAUUUAGGAGAUUGAGAGGGGAUUUUAUAGAAACUUACAAAAUUCUUAAGGGGUUGGACAGGCUAGAUGCAGGAAGAUUGUUCCCGAUGUUAGGGAAGUCCAGGACAAGGGGUCACAGCUUAAGGAUAAAGGGGAAAUCCUUUAAAACCGAGAUGAGAAGAACUUUUUUCACACAGAGAGUGGUGAAUCUCUGG